CGUGUCAGAGGAGGGUCACUAGCCAUCCAGUAGUCAGGGGUGUGUGCGUCCGUGUGCGUGUUCGGUUUCGGUGCGUAGCACCAAGGUAUUUACUUGACCGCAGAAAUGACCAAACGCAGUCCGACACAUUUCGAGGACAUCAGAUAAGGAAUCGACGUGAACUCGGGGAUUUAAACAGAACAAUUACAAGACUGUACUGCGCUUAUCCACUUUGAUUAUUAUGUUUUUGGCCGCAGAAAUGUGUCGGCAUUAGCCACCUUGUCCCUGCGUCUUUCCGUCUCUCUCCAAAACGUGUGUACCUGCGUGGCCGUGAUGCGUUUUAACGAGAAGGAGCUGGUCGCCCUGAGCCGCCAGCCUUCAGAGAUGGCAGCUGAACUCGGGAUGCGAGGUCCCAAAAAAGGAGACGUUAUAAAGAAGAGGCUGGUGAAACUCGUCGUCAAUUUCCUCUUUUAUUUCCGGACUGAUGAGGAGGAGCCGAUUGGAGCUUUGCUGCUGGAGCAGUGUCGCGUGGAGAGAGAGGACAGUCAGACCUUCUCUAUUGCCUUUCUGGAUGAAGCGGAAAGGAAGUACUUGUUUGAGUGUGACACUGAGGAGCUGUGUGGAAAGUGGGUAGACUCCAUCAUCAAAGCGAGUUAUGAGUUCAUGAGGAAGAACUUGAUAUUUUAUCGAACUGAAAUCCACAGGCUCACUGGGAAGGACCCUUUAGAGCAAUACGGCAUAUCAGAUGAAACCCGCUUCCAGGUCAGCAACGGUCUGCAGCUUAUGCCUCGAGAUACCGCCUCCCUGUAGAUGGUGUCCUGAUAUGCAAUUUUGUUGUUUUAGUUGACUCUGUCAUUCCAACAGUUACUCAAUUGAUUUGAAAACCAUGGCAUUUCAUUUACACGCUGUUCAUUUAGUAUCUAAGGCCAUGUGAAGUUACUGCUCACAUUAUUCCUUCUGUGUCAUCUUCAGCUAACGAUAUUUUCUGUUUGGUUUAGGGGAUUUUGUAUUUUUUUUUUGUUUAAUGUUUAGAUUUCUGUUUAAGUCAAUCAAAUGUCUGUAUAGAUAUGUUUUAUAGUAUAUUUUCUACUGACCAUGCUGUAUCUUCAGUCAAUGUGAUCUUUAAGAACCACUGAUUGUACUUAGGCUGGAGGCUGUGACUUUCAUUCUGGACUAUUAGUAAUAUGAGCAUGUCUGCGUUUAACAAGAGUUAAUCCAAGACGUACCAACAUUUGCUCUCAAACAGUGUUAAUCCAGUAAUCCAGUUUAUGAUUAACACAACAUUUAAAAACCUUUGGCAGUGUUACUGCCUUAAACGUCAUUAGCUAUUUGAUCUGCUGAGUUGAGCCGCAUGUUAAGCUCAAUUUUUGGAAAACAAACGUAACAAACUUAUUUUUGCUGUCCUGACAUGUAUUUGUCUUAUAGCCUAUUUAGUCUGUUUAGUUUUAAAAACAAAAUCUUUGCACAUAUUACUGAGUGUUGAGGGUUUUUAAAAUCAGGUGUACUUGAACCUACUGUACCUUUUCUGUGGCACUUUGGAUCAGAUUCCUUUAGGUAACCUGUAGGACCACGUUGGAAAACCAGGCAGUUUCACGGCACAUUUUAAUAUGCUCUUGAUUUCACUAUAAGGCUUUGUUGUGUCCUGCAAGUUGGUGGAAUAUUUAUUCAAUGGUCCAGAGUCUAUCCACAAGUUUCAUAUGUCACUGAAUGUGUCUUCAUUUUAAAGCUUUUGCACAUGUGUGUAGUCUGUUUUUACUUGGUUAUGUUCCACAUGUUUCACUGGCAUCUCUUUUUAUACUAAUAAAGCCAUUCGAAAUAUACUGUAAA